AUGGCCGAAGGAGCACCUGCAUUCGGAUCUGUGGCACAUUUGCUGCCGCAGACCUAUAAACGCUUAGUGUCGGAAUGGCUGGAAGAAGACACUCCCAGCUUUGACUAUGGCGGGUUUGUGGUGGGGGAGGAGAUCUCAGAGGCCAAGCUCCUUGGAAAGAGCGAGCACUGUGCCACCGUUCGAGGCCCUGUUCGAAAAUUGCUUCUCGGUGAGAGAGUCGCUCUCAACACUCUGGCAAGAUGCUCAGGAAUUGCUACAAAAUCAGCACGUCUAUUGACGCUAUUGCGAAAAGCUGGCUACCCUAACAUUCUUGCCGGAACUCGCAAAACAACUCCUGGCUUCCGCGUCGUUGAGAAAUAUGGCAUGUUAGUUGGAGGUGUCGAUGCGCACCGCGUUGACUUGUCUGCGAUGACGAUGCUCAAGGACAAUCACAUCGUUGCAGCUGGGAGCAUCACGAACGCUGUGCGCGCAGCCAAAUCUGCUGGAGGCUUUGCCAUCAAGGUGGAAGUCGAAUGCCAAAGCUUUGAAGAAGCCGACGAAGCCAUUGCAGCUGGUGCCGACAUUGUCAUGUUGGAUAACUUCACGCCUGACGGUGUCAAGGUAGCCGCAGCACAGUUGAAGGAUAAGUGGGGAAGGGGCACUGGCGACAGGAAAGCAUUCUUGGUAGAGGUCAGCGGAGGGUUGACGGAAGAAAAUGUUGAAGGUUAUGUUUGCGGAGACAUCGAUAUCGUGAGCACGAGCAGCAUCCAUCAAGAUACUGCAGGUGCUAUGUCAUUUGCGAUCAGUACGGACCGGUUGGUGGAUCUCUACUAUGAGAACUUCUUCCCAGCACAUCCAUAUACCAUGCCACAACAAUUCGUUGCACUUAGAGGAACCCACGGCAUGGAACUCCUCUUACUGUCCAUGCAUUUCGUCGGAUCAGUAUACGCUCCUUGGACACCCACAGAACCAUACUACGAGGCUGCUUAUCAGGCUCUUUGCCAGCCAAACAUUCCAAGGACCGGAUUCACGAUACAAGCGCUGUUGAUGUUCGCAACAGCCCAACACCACAUGGACCGCCGGCCAGAAUCUCGAAAGAUGCUUGACCGCGCGAUCGAACUGGCCGUGGAAUUGCGUAUCAACCACAAGGAUUUCGCCCAGCUCCACGGCGAGGGUAAUCCGGUAUUGGAAGAAUCCUUCCGGAGAACGUACUAUUUCUUGUUGAUCACCGAUCAGCAUUUCGCGGUUGUUGUGAAUUCCCCUAUUUAUGGUAUGAGAGAUGUUGCCAAUUUUCUUGAUUUGCCAUGUGAUGAUGACCUCUAUGUAACGGGGCAAAUACCGACCCCAACCCCGCUAUCCGAGUACGAGGUCAGAGAAUUUGCGGACGAAGAAAUUGUCUUCUCUUCUCUUGCGUACAUGUAUGACAUUGGAAGGGUAGUUGCUCAUAUCAUGCGAGUUUUCACGGAGACAGGGCAGUUUUCAGAAGCUUUGAUUGCGUCUGCCGACACAAAAGUGGCCAUUUGGCGGUCGUUACUGCCGGCGUGCAAAAGAGACGCUGUAAAACCAGAUGGGUCCGUGGAUGAGGUGAUGUUUAUGGCGCAUAUGAGCUGUAUCGUACUCCAAACAAGCCUCCACAGACCUUUGUCAUCAUUAGCGUACAGUCUUGAGGAGUUGUCAACAGAGAGCUUCGCGUCACCAGUUCCAUUCCUCGAAUCUCCGAAUAACGGGCGAGGUGCACAUACAGCUCGAGCGCUCAAAGCCGCGGAGAUGCAGACAAGACUUCUCGCCAUCCCGUGUGCAGCUGAACGGCACAAUCUCUUCACACUGUGUAUCACGGCAACACUCGCAACAGCCCAGAUAUCCGCCUGUAACAUUUUGUUAGAAGAUCGCGCACAGUCGAUUGCACGCGACAGGAUCCGACUUAGCAUUGGCUAUCUAAGUCAGAUGGGAACAUUCUGGCCUUUAGCAAAGAAAAUGGCCAAGGAAGUGCGUUAUGUUGCUCGUGCGACGCUCUCCGGAAACCCUCAUGUAACUCUACCACCUGAGCCGGAUGCGAAUGAUGAGAUCGAUAUACCCCGCGACGAACUGAUAUGGCCCAUCAAUCCGUCCGCACAGAUCGACAUUUACACGGGUCUCACAAUGCCGGAAUGGAGUCCCGGUCUCACUCAAAUGCAACCUCGGAAUGUUCCCUGA